AUGCUUUCGGGGUGCUCGGUGUCCAGUCUCGCGGCGAGGUUUGCCUUCUUCCCGCCGGACCCGCCCACCUACGCCCUCCGCAAGGACGAGGCCACGGGCCGCCUCGUCGCCUCCGGCGUCCCGCGGGACAACGCCUUGGAUGUGCUGCUCCUCGACACCACCAGGGGGACCAAGGUCGUCGCCUUCUACCUCAGGAACCCCUGCGCGCGCCUCACCCUGCUCUACUCGCACGGCAACGCCGCCGACCUCGCCCAGCUCUACGAUCUCUUUGUGCAGCUCAAGGUCAAUCUCAAGGUCAAUCUGAUGGGAUAUGACUACUCGGGGUACGGAGCAUCUACUGGCAAGCCAAGUGAAGAGAAUACAUAUGCAGAUAUUGAAGCAGUUUACCAGUGCUUAGAAACCGAGUAUGGAAUCAGCCAGGAAGAGCUUAUCCUGUAUGGGCAAUCUGUUGGCAGUGGGCCCACAUUGCAUUUAGCAUCUCGUUUACCAAGAUUGCGUGGUGUGGUUCUUCACAGUGCUAUACUGUCAGGCCUCCGUGUUGUUUGCCAUGUGAACUUUACUUUUUGCUUCGACAUUUACAAAAAUGUCAAAAAAAUAAAGAAGGUGAAAUGCCCAGUGCUUGUUAUUCAUGGGACCGACGACGAUGUUGUGAAUUGGUCACAUGGUAAUGAGUUGUGGAAACUGGCAAGGGAACCGUAUGAUCCACUAUGGAUCAAAGGAGGUGGUCACUGCAACCUGGAGCUGUACCCUGACUUCAUCCGCCACCUCUCCAAGUUCAUCCGCGAAAUGGAGAGCGUGACAACGAAAAUGAGGCUGAAGAAGAUUCGGCAGUCCCUCGAGCCGACAAAGACGGCAUACCGCGCGAACACGGCAACAACUACCACCUUCACCACCAACUGUUGCUGCCGUAUUCGAGUUCGCAGACCGAGCUGCAAUCUCAGCUGCAGCUGCUGCGAUGCACUGAGGAAAUGCUUUGCAUUUGGUGCAUUCAAGUGCCCAGCCUGCUGCAGCUGCUUCAAGUGCUGCUGCUGCUGUGGUGGAUAA